AUGUUCAGGUUGAGAUCGGUUUGCAAGGCCUUUAAUCAUGUCUUUCGUGAUGCUUUAAUCCAGGCCCAGGUGCUUGAUCACUUGGCACCUCUACCAGAUGAUCCUCCCUACAAUAAAAUACAACCUCUAGCAUACUGGCAAACGAGAACAGAUGAUGGCGCCCAAAAGCUUUGGCAUUCAUACAUUGCGCAAAUGGUGCAAAAAGGGGUCAACCCCAGCGUCAGAUACUUGCCGAACGCCCCGGAGAUCUCGUGGUGCGCCGAGAUCCGUGAAAUAUCACAGUUGAUAUGCGACAGAGUGCCACACGCCGACUUGGCCAAGACCAUCGACGCCCUCUGCUGGCUUGGCUUCGGGGGCGAGUUGGGUGGGUUAGGCCAUCUCUGGUAUUUCAACUCUCAGGUAGCGCAGCUGUCAGUGGAGGAGCAAGGAGAGUUCAGGCGGAACAUCAAUCUCCUCAGUGCCGCAGCCUAUCUGAAUCAUCUGCCUUUGGCUAGAGAGCUUUUAGCAGAACAUGCCGAUCCGACGCUUAACGAUUUUCUUUUCCCUGCUCCGAUAGAGGCAGCUGCGCGAGGAGGAAACAUGGAGAUGCUUCAGCUGCUGCAGGAAAUUUUACCAGAACCUGAACCAGAGCAAGAACAUCCACUAGAGCAACAGGAGAUUCCCAGUUGGUAUCUGGUGAACCCGAACGUUGACUGGGAGCCCGAGGAUGAAGACAAUCCGGGACGUCCUUUGCACAGCACGAUGGGAAGUGUGCCUUGCACAGGGAAGGCUGAUCCUCGAGCAAUUGUUGGAGCGGCAGCAACGGGCAACUUACAGGUUCUCGAAGCGGCAUUGUACCCUCCAUCACGUAGUGAUACUAAUAGCUCCGACUUUUUUGGUCAGCCGUAUGGAAGAGUUAAGCCAUACUCCUCUCCAGGUCGCGCGCUCAAAUCCAUAAUGGUGCACUCAAGAACGUGGCAAGUAUACUCCAGGCUGGCAUCUUUCUUCCACGACUUUUACAAAUCUCAACAGGAAGAGGCUACUUUCCAUCUACAGAUGUUCGCUGAAUUUGGCAACUACGAAAUAGUCAAAAACUUACUCGAAAGAGGCGUUGCUUGGCAUGGAAGCAACAGGAGAUACGCUCCUCCUAUGCAUGCAGCUGCACGACAUGGCCGAGAAGAUAUAGUCGAUCUACUGAUAAAGCAUGGUGCCAAUAUCAAUCAACCAGGUCCUGCUGUGUUCAAGUCACCUCUUUAUCAAGCAGUGAAGAGCCGAAGCAUCAAGAUUGUCCAGAAAUUUCUAGACAUGGGGGCUGUUUGUGAGUUCGAUACUUUGCAACUAGCGCUCUUCUGUGGAGGCCCUGAGAUGGGUGAAUUGGUCCUGGCACGUUUCCCUCUUAAAGAAUUACUUUGCAAACAUGUUUGGCAGCUCUUAGAUCGAGCUGAGGAAGGCAAUUGUACCUUUGUGAUCAAUCUAUUGAGAGAGAAGAUACCCGGCCUCAGGGACUUGGAUAGUCCCACCGCUUUGACAUCCAAACAAUGGUCGGAUAUUGUUAAAUGA